CUUGCUGAGUGAGAGUGUGUCGGGGACGCGCCUCCUGCAUUCGCUUGCACUGUGCGCGGCCCCGCGCUCGUCUCUCCUAGCUUAUCCCUCCGCAGUGUAGCGGGGCUUCUAGAAGAGGAAUGUGCUGAGGAAAAACAUGGCGGAGCUGCAGAUGCUGCUGGAGGAGGAGAUCCCCGGCGGCCGGCGGGCCCUUCUGGACAGCUAUACCAAUUUGGAGCGGGUGGCAGACUACUGCGAGAACAACUACAUCCAGUCUGCAGAUAAGCAAAGAGCUCUAGAAGAAACCAAAGCCUAUACGACCCAGUCCUUAGCUAGUGUGGCUUAUCUCAUCAACACCUUAGCCAACAAUGUCCUUCAGAUGCUGGAUAUUCAAGCUUCUCAACUCAGGAGGAUGGAGUCCUCGAUCAAUCACAUAUCACAGACAGUGGAUAUCCACAAGGAAAAAGUUGCAAGACGAGAAAUUGGCAUCUUGACAACUAACAAAAACACUUCUAGAACGCACAAAAUUAUUGCUCCAGCAAAUUUGGAGAGGCCUGUUCGCUACAUUCGAAAGCCCAUUGACUACACGAUUCUUGAUGACACCGGACAUGGAGUUAAGUGGUUGCUAAGAUUUAAGGUCAGUACACAGAACAUGAAGAUGGGAGGUUUGCCACGCACUACACCGCCAACUCAGAAACCACCUAGCCCGCCGAUGACUGGCAAAGGGACCCUUGGGCGACACUCACCCUAUCGCACAUUGGAGCCUGUGCGGCCCCCUGUCGUUCCAAAUGACUAUGUACCCAGCCCCACACGUAACAUGGCUCCCUCACAGCAACAGAGCCCUCUUAGAACAGCUUCAGUCAACCAGAGGAACCGCACAUACAGCAGCAGUGGCAGUAGUGGCGGCAGCCAUCCUAGUAGUCGGAGCAGUAGUCGAGAGAACAGUGGAAGUGGUAGCGUGGGCGUUCCAAUUGCUGUCCCCACUCCAUCUCCUCCAAGUGUCUUUCCAACCCCUGCUGGCUCAGCUGGCACUCCUCCCAUCCCUGUUACCCCCACUCCUGCCCCUAUCCCUCAUGCUCCUGCUGCUGCCCCCCCUUCCUCCUCAACUACCCCAGAUGCUGCUGCAGGAGCCCAAUCCCCUGCUGCUGAUGGUUUCACCUCUCCAACUCCCCCUGCUGUUUCCUCUGCUCCUCCUACAGGCCAUCCUGCUCAGUUUUACAGUAUGAACAGACCAGUGUCUCGGCACACUCCGCCAGCCAUAGGAGGCUCUCUUCCAUAUCGACGUCCUCCAUCAAUGACCUCACAGCCAAGCCUUCAGAACCAGAUUAAUGGAGGGCCUUUUUAUAGCCAAAAUCCGGAUAGACCACCUGUUCUUUUCUGUGGAAUGCUUGUCAGACUGGUUAACAAAAGGGACAUGAAGCAGCCAGCAAUUGCAAGAAAUGUGAGGGUGAAAAAAGUGCUAGUGUCACAUGCUCCUCCACCCCCGUCUAUACUACAGGUAACUCCACAGUUACCUCUGAUGGGAUUUGUGGCGAGAGUUCAAGAAAACAUUACUGAGACUCCACCUCCUCCAGAAGAGCCUGUAUUUGAUGAAUCUCCGCCACCGCCUCCGCCUCCAGAAGACUACGAAGAGGAGGAAGCUGCGGUGGUAGAGUACAGUGAUCCAUAUGCUGAAGAAGAUCCACCUUGGGCACCAAGGACCUACUUAGAGAAGGUUGUGGCAAUUUAUGAUUAUUCAAAAGACAAAGAAGACGAGCUAUCAUUUCAGGAAGGCGCCAUCAUCUAUGUCAUUAAGAAGAACGACGAUGGGUGGUACGAGGGAGUCAUGAAUGGGGUGACAGGGCUUUUCCCAGGCAACUACGUCGAGUCAAUCAUGCACUAUUCUGAAUGAUAACCCAACAAACAUGUCCCUGAACAGAACCAUUGAGGCUUCCUUGACUUCCAUGAGCCCCCCGGGUAGGGGGGCACCUAAUAAACUGAAGAGCAUCGUUGUCAUUUGAGCCACUUAUUAUUUUUUUUUUUGCUUUUUGUUUCUGACCAUUGAAAGAAAUAGUGAUACAAGUUGUUCGAUCAAAUGUGAUCUUCCUGCUGCUCCAGAGCAGUUCUGGUUAACUGACUUUAUUUUGUUGGACUCAAUAUCUUAAAAGAAAUGAAUGGGUCUAUGACAUUUAUGAGCUCAACUUCACCCUUAUUCCACACAAUAUUGUGCUCAUGUAUAUGUAUCUAGAGUAAAGAUUUGAUUUCUGCCAGUGUCAA